AAUUAAAAGCCGGGAAGAGUCAAAUGUAAAAGGCCCCCCCCAGCCGACGGAGACUAUCGGCGUCGCAAGAAAAACCGAAGCAGAGAAAUAGCAUCAGCGCAGCCCAAGGGGACCCACGGCCACUCCCACAGCCUGCCGACUCGGCCACUCUCAGCUUCCGUCUCCUUUCUCUUCCUUCCGUCCCGACAGCCUCUCAGUCCCCACCCUCUCUCUCUCUCUCUCUCUCUCUCUCUCUCUCUGCGCUCCUUUCUCCGCCUCCCAGUCCGCCGCGAGAUACACUGAUUGGCCCGCGAAGUGAUUGACCCCGAGAUUUGAUCCCUCUGUCUUGGACAUGUCAGCAUUGGUCCCAGAAUAAGCACCUGCAGACAGUGAGAAUGGCUUCGAGAGCAAUCUUGUAUAGGCGGAAGAACCUUCAAGACCUCCCGAGACGGUCCUCUGGUUUGAUUCGGUUGUUUGCUGGCUUCGAGCAUGAUCAAGCUUCGCAUUGUGAUCACCGGUGGAAUUUCAGGCGCUUGGCAUGUAAUUCACCUUCUAACAGUGAUGACAGGGCUGAUGGAAGUUUUGAUGUGAAGUUGCCAUUAUCAGUCUUUUCUACUGAAGUUUUUCUGAGGAAACACAAACUAUUUGGAGUUUCCAGAUUGGACUCUGGAUUUGAGAGGAGAGAAUUUGUUUCUCCCUUUGGAGGUACAAGGACGGUAGACUUUGUUCGUCAUGCUUCAACAGCAACAGCUGAUCAACCUGAAUCCAGCAGUGCUAAAGCUGGACGGAAGCAACAAGCUACUAAACAGAAUAAGGAGGCUUCACCUGAGGACUGUGACCAGGCCGUUGAAGGCCUGAGUUCAGCAAAAGCAAAGGCAAAGGCUAAACAAAUUCAAGAAUCUCAAAAGAGUGAUAAAUCUGUCGUAAAGAGAAUAUGGGCCAUGCUUUUGGGCAUUGGUCCCGCUUUGAGAGCUGUUGCUUCCAUGAGCAGAGAGGAUUGGGCCAAAAAGAUUCACCACUGGAAGGAUGAAUUUAAGUCCACCCUGCAACAUUAUUGGUUGGGUACCAAAUUACUGUGGGCUGAUGUUAGGAUUAGCUCACGGCUGCUAGUAAAACUAGCUAGUGGAAAGGGUCUUUCUAGGAGAGAGAGACAACAACUGACACGCACAACAGCCGAUAUUUUCAGGCUAGUCCCUUUCGCAGUCUUUAUUAUAGUUCCAUUCAUGGAGUUUUUGCUGCCGGUAUUCUUGAAACUAUUUCCGAACAUGUUGCCAUCAACUUUCCAGGACAAGAUGAAAGAAGAGGAGCAACUGAAAAGGCGGCUUAAUGCGAGAAUAGAGUAUGCAAAGUUCCUUCAGGACACUGUGAAAGAAAUGGCAAAGGAAGUCCAAAACUCACGAAGUGGGGAAAUAAAAAAGACAGCAGCAGAUCUUGAUGAAUUUAUGAACAAGGUUAGAACAGGUGCUCGUGUUUCGAAUGAAGAAAUAUUGGGCUUUGCCAAGCUAUUCAAUGAUGAGCUUACAUUAGAUAACAUUAGCAGGCCUCGACUUGUAAAUAUGUGCAAAUAUAUGGGAAUCAGCCCAUAUGGAACAGAUGCAUACCUGCGCUAUAUGCUUCGGAAGAGACUCCAAGAGAUCAAGACGGAUGAUAGGAUGAUCCAAGCAGAAGGUGUGGAGUCUCUUUCAGAAGAAGAGCUUCGUCAAGCCUGCAGGGAGCGAGGCUUACUUGGUUUACUUUCAGUCGAGGAAAUGCGACAACAGCUUCGUGAUUGGCUGGAUUUGUCACUCAACUAUUCUGUCCCAUCAUCGCUUCUAAUUCUAUCACGAGCCUUCUCUGUGUCUGGGAAAGUCCGGCCAGAGGAAGCUGUUCAAGCUACGCUGUCAUCUCUGCCAGAUGAGGUUGUGGAUACGGUUGGAGUGACAACAUUGCCAUCUGAAGAUUCUGUUUCAGAAAGGAGAAGGAAAUUGGAGUUCCUUGAGAUGCAGGAAGAACUGAUAAAGGAGGAAGAAGAGGAGGAGGAAGAAGAGCAGGCCAAAUUGAAAGAAUCUAUCAGUCAAAAGGAUGUGGCUUUGGAAGAGAUGACCAUUCCUACAUCAAGGGAAGCACAAGAACAGGCUAGAGCCAAAACACUGGAGAAACACGAGCAACUUUGCGAGCUUAGCCGUGCAUUGGCUGUGUUAGCUUCAGCAUCUUCGGUUAGCAGGGAGCGUGAAGAGUUUCUGAGGCUGGUUAAAAAGGAGAUAGACUUGUAUAACAACAUGCUGGAGAAAGAGGGCAUGGAGGGUGAAGAAGAGGCGAAAAAGGCGUAUAAAGCUGCUAGAGAGGACAGUGACCAGGCUGCAGAGAUGGCCGUCGGCGACAAGGUCUCUUCGGCAUUGAUAAACAGGGUAGAUGCCAUGCUCCAGAAGCUUGAAAAGGAAAUCGAUGAUGUGGAUGCUAAAAUUGGCGAUCGCUGGAGACUGCUUGACAAGGAUUAUGACGGUAAAGUGACUCCAGAGGAGGUCGCAUCUGCUGCCAUGUACCUCAAGGACACGCUGGGCAAAGAGGGCAUCCAAGAACUCAUUAGCAACCUCUCAAAAGACAUAGAAGGAAGGAUCCUUGUCGAAGAUAUUGUCAGGAUAGGGAGCCAGACAGAAGAGGAAGAUACGGCCGAAGCAAAGACGUCGUGAAAGCAUUGUUUUCCUCUUUCUGGAAAUAAAGCUCAGGCUAAGCCUGAUCCGUUCUGUCCAUAGAAUUGAAAGGCCAGUCAGCCAUGAAGUUUGCUCGAGGAACUUCGAGAUUAUAUGCUCCCCCACACAAGGCGAUUCGACCCAACAGUAACAAGCAAGUAUGCUCUGUUGGUGAGGCAUCUGACUUCAGAGCUAGGAAGUGCAUAUCGACUCCAAACAUCGAACUUGGAUUCAUCAUUUUGUCUUCCAAUUUUAUCUGAGAUUUUGGACAAACCUGCGGACAGCUCCAUCAGUCUGAUUGUUUUCUUUCCUUUUCUGGAAUACAAUUUUGAUUUCGGAAAUUCGUUGGUCGUAUACGCUUGUACUCGACAAGGCUCUAUACAAUAUUGAAGAACAUGAAGGAACAAAAAAAAUAAAGGUGCAACAUGUGAAUCA